AUGAACAAGUAUGACCUUGCGAAAAUAGAUCUAUCAAACUUGUUCGGAGGUAAACAUUUCCGUACCCCCACCGUUUUAUGUUCGAAGGGUUAUGGGGUCAGCUUAGAAUCUCUAGUUGAUACCGGAGCCCAAGGUUUUCUUUUCUUAAAUUCUGCUAUUGCCCUUUCUAUAUCCGGCUCUCUCCAGGUACCUAUCCGCAGACUACCUUUUAAAAUUACAGUUAAAGGAUUUCACGAUCAGGUACAGACCCGGGUAGACAAGUAUAUCCGGUUACACAUCCGUAUUGACGGAAGAAAGAUUCUUAACUGCCCCUUUGUAAUUAUGGAUUUGGGAUCUCAGGAUUGUAUUAUUGGGAUCAAAUGGAUGCGACGAUUCCAAUUGAAGCUCGAUACCGCUCGGAACCGAAUCGUAUGGCCAGCUCAAUACCCCCCAACUUAUGAUCCUAGCCCCCCUCUCCUCGUGCAGUUGAAAUCACCCUAUUCUGAUACCGAUGCGCAACUAGAUAUCCGGCGUAGAGACGCCCUUUGGGAAAAGGAUGAGUACCGUAGACAAACCAGCCCUCGACAAGGGCUGGUCCAGCGAAUUCAA